AUGUCUACUGAUCGUUUUGUCCGACGGAGUAGUUCGAAAUCCAGAAGUGGUAGUAGUGAAUAUCAAGGCCGCAAUAAUUUUCAGCGGAGAAACACUCUUCGUCAGUCUCACAGUCAGAAGUUACGGGAUUCAAGGUGGAAGAUACAAAUACCUACUUUAUUUAAAAUGUGUAUACCUACCUACAUGCGUAUCUAUAUAGCUAUACAUAUGGGUACAUCUGGAAGUGAAAAGAAUGGCAAACAUGUGAAGUCUGAUAGCAGAGACAGUGAUUUUGACCAUGAUCCACAGUUAAGACGUGGAUCUCUGUCAUUCCUGUUAAACGAUGAUCACAAUAAGAUCAUAUCCGAAACGCAUGAUAUCAAAUCUGAGUCACCACAUUCUAGUCGUUCACUGCGUGAGGAACGGUCCAUUAAGAAAAGCAGUCAGGCGAGUAAGCACUCUACAUCGAUAGAGCACAAAACAGAUUUGAAUAGUUCUCAUUCGACAGAAAAUACAACUCACUUAAGCCAUAACCGAAGUCGGGUUGGUUCAAAUACUCUCGUAUCGUAUAACAGCACAGAUGAUGAACUGCCUCAUGACAAUAAAAAUCAUUCAUAUCCUAAAAGAAAAAUGAGACGAAAAGAUGACGAUGCUGUUCUGCUCAAAAACUGUGCCUUGCCAGAAAGUAAUGCUACUAAUAUAAAUUCAUCAUCAAAAGGUCAAACUUCUGGGGUACCUAAUAGUGUCAAAGUUAUAAAAAGCACUGCAAGAUCUACAUGGGAUUCUAGUGAUAGUGACUUUGAUUCUACGGUUGUUCGUACAGAAAAGGCUAACGAAAGUGAGAAUACUACCCCAGCAUAUAAUCAUACAUCAAAUCUAUCGGAUUCUUCACGUAAGACAUCUCACUCCACUACAAAUAAGUUAAGUUCAUCGAAAGAAUCGAAAAGUAAUCCAACUACGAAAAGGAAAAAUGAAAAUUGUAGCAAAGAUGAUUCAGUCAACUCUAAAGAAGCUCGGUCCAAGUUAUCCAGGAGUGAUUCAAACAAUAGAAGACGUGAAAGAAAUUCAAAUCGUCAACGACCCAGCAACCGAAGAAGAAAAUCCGCCUCGUCUAGAGCUUCUGAUGGCUCUCGAGGAACACAUCGUGCCAAAAGCACAGUCGAUGGUAUAUCUCCAGAUCAUAAACGUUCACUUUCUCGUGGGUCCUCAUCUUAUCAUUCGUCAAUGAGUAGGUCACACUACUCCUCGCGGACGGAGUCUUCUCAUAAGUAUGAUCGACGUAAGCGUAGUUAUCUGAAGUCAAAAACUUACAGUUCCAGGUCAUCUGCCCGUACUUCACGUUCGUACCGCUCAAGCUACAGUUCAAGAUCUAGGUCAAGCUCUGAAAGAACUCCUAGGUGUCGUAGACACGUCAGAUCGUUUUAUCGGAGGAGACAUAGACAUAGGAGCUAUUCCGUUCGAUCACGGUCUCGUUCACGAAGCUGGCACUCAACAGAUUCCAGUUUUUCUUCACAGUCCUCUCGCUCGUCACGCUCUCGAUAUUUUUCACGUCGAAAUGUCUCCAAAAAACGUUCUUCUUCUCGCCGCUCUCGUACUCCUUUAUAUCGGCCUAGUUCAUCUUUUAAAAAGGUUUCGGAUGAUUACGUUCGAAGUACACCGGAACGCCGUCUCGCUCGCCUAGGAGUUGGACCAGUUAACAAAGGCAGUAAUUUGGAUGAUAAAACAAAUAGUCCUUAUGGUGAUUCAAAGCCUAUGUCUUAUAUGCCUAGUGUUAACGAAACAGUUUCAGCAGCUGUCAAAAGGGUUGUAGGUGGCGGACAAUCAAAGAAUCAGAAGACAUCACACGAAUCAAACAUAUUAAAAAAUGACAGCUGUACCACUGAAUCAAAUUCCGCUAAUAAUUCUAAAUCGGCUGAUGAAUGCAAUAGUGAUUCACGUUCACAACCAUCGACUUCAUCAAAUGUAACAGAAUCAAAUGAUAAAACAUCCAGUCCACCGGUACUGGUUGAUAUACCAUUACCUCAAGAUGCACUACAUCAGUCUUCUGUCAAUUCUAAUGAUAACAAUAAUAAUAAUAGUAAUAACUCAAAUAAAUCUGCUACCUACAUUGGACCACAGGUUCCUCCAGAUCUAGCUAAGCGCUUUGGUUUAUCUGUUGCUGAUACAACCUUCAAAUCAGAGACUACUGACUCUAUAGCAACUAUUUCAAGUAGUAGUAAUACCGUUGUUGCUUCCGAAAGUUCACAACUUCAAAAUACUACUAGCUCUUCCUGUGAUACUGUAUCUUCAUCAGCUACUCAAAACACAGAUACUGAAGUUAGCAGCGCUAAUCCUCCAGAAUUCACAAUCCCACCUGAACAAGCGGAGUUGUAUAGACCACUACAGGAGCAAGCAAAAGAACACGCUUUACGCCGUAGCGGCAUGCUUAUGUCCGAUGAGUCAAAAUUUCAGUUGAUGCAACAACAACAACAAGCCCAAAGACAACUAGCUCUUCUUCAACAACAACAGCAGAAUCAACCCUCUGUGGUUUUUUCUCCGGCUGGCGUUAUCUAUUCAACUCCUUCACUGUUACCUUUUUAUGCUACUAGUACUCCAUUGUUGUCCAGCAUACCGAGUAGUAAUGUAGUAGCUGCUGGUAACACAGCAACAACAGCAACAUCACAGCUUUCUGCUCUUUGUGGAGCUGCGUAUCAGCAACAGGCAAAUUCUAAUGAUCCUACACAAUUAAUCGUUGGAUCAGUAGGUGGUAAUCCACAUAUCACCUCCAGUUUAACAGUAGAACAACCCGCUACGUCAUUAUCACCUAAUUCUAUUAGACAAGACGUUAAUUCAAUAUCAGCGUCUAUUCAACAAGCACAAUUGCAACAACUGUUUGCAGCAGCUGCACUACAGUCAGCCACUCAGGGUAAUAAUAACAGUGUUCUUCCUGCACAGGUCACAGUUGCUCAACAGCAGUUACUAAAUCAGCUAAUCGCUCAACAAUCCCAGAUAUCUGGAUUAAAUAUUGCACCAAAUAUAGUGACAGCUUCUUUGUUAGCUGCACAACAGCAACAGAAACAAUUAAUAGCUCAAUGGCAGAAACGUGCCCUUGCAUUAGCUGCAGCGAGUGCCGCUAAUGAUCAGCUGAAGAAUGCCCAAGAAAAACGGUUAUCUACUGUUACCCCGGGCACUAAUGUUACCAAUCCUGCUGUGGCCACCCCAACCAGUCUGGCUUCUGUUUUGAACGCUGGAAAUUCAUUAUCCGCAGCUAUACAAUUAGGUCUUUUACGUUCCAAUCUCAAUGCACAAGCUCUAUCCACCAAUAGUAGUGGACUGAACACACCCAGUCAAAAUCAAGUAGCCGCUGUAGCUGCGUUAAUUGCUGCAGCACAGCAACAACAACUACAACAACAGCAGCAACAACAACAAUUACAACAACAGCAACAACAACAAAUACAACAACAGCAGCUGCAACAAAUACAACAACAGCAGCAACAACAGUUACAACAGCAACAAAAUCAACAGCAUUAUCAGCAAGCAACAAUUGUUUCCUCUGCUCCACAAUUUCCAGUUUCUUCUGCAAAUCAAGAGCUUGUUAAUGCUGUACAUUCAGCUUUAUUGCCACAACAAUUGCAACAACGUUUACUAUCGUUGCAGGCAUCACUUAUCCAACAAAAACAGCAGCAGCAGCAACAACAACAACAGCAGUUAGCUGCGAUGAAUAAUGCAACUGCAACUGCUGCAGUAGCUGCUGCCUCAGGGAAUGCUGCAUUGCUUCAAGCGGUAAUUGCAUCAUCUCAGCAGCAGCAACAACACCAACAACAACUCCAACAACGUCAGCAACAGAUUGUUCAUAGUCAGUUUCAACAACAGCAACAAGCAGCUUUGGCUGCUAUUUUAGCUGCUCAGCGGCAACAGCAACAACAAUCAGCUCAAGAUCGAUCAAAUAAGCCUCUGUGA